GCCAGCGCAGGUCUCUGUUAUUGGAGGCGGAACCUAGACGGCUCAAAUCUCACUUUUUAUCCCAUUGAAUUCCACUCGUCUCACCCUCCGCCGCCCGUGACGCCCUGAGGACCUCCCAAUUCGAUCGAAUCUCUAAUCAAAUAAGGAUUUUGGGAAUCUCUUCUUUGUCGAUCGGCCAUGGACGCGUGGGCUCCAAACCUCAAGAGUGGAGGAGGGUUAUCCGUCUUUGGGGUGACGAGGAAGCACGCGAAGGUGGGAUUAGUGGCGCCGUGGUGGGCCACCGCUGGGUGGAGGGUCGUUUGCAGCGAAGAGGCCCCUGCCGGCGUGAUCGAUGCAAGGGUUUCGUUGAGGAGGCGGAGUUCGUUGGCGUCCGGGAACCGGUCAGUUGUGGUGAAGGCCAGCGGUAAGAAGAAGAACGACCGUGGCGACCUCUCUUCUUCUGGAAAUAAUGAUCCUUCAGUUCCUGAAGAAGAUGGUCAUGAGGGAAACAUUCCACAGUACAACAAAUCAAAAUUCAAUGACUCCACAAAGUCCAACCGUACAUUGUCAGAUUGGCGAGAUUUCAGAGCAAAUCUUGUUGCCUGGGAGCAGGAGCAAGAAGUCGAUUCUGGUACCCUUGUAAAGGAUACUGCUUCAAAUGAGCCAUCCCAGAGGCUUGGUAUGAAGUGGGCACACCCCAUUCCGGUGCCAGAGACCGGAUGUGUGUUAAUUGCCACUGAAAAGCUUGAUGGUGUCCCCAGCUUCGAGAGAACCGUUGUUCUUCUUCUCAGAUCAGGGUCUAGAGACCCUAGAGAGGGUCCUUUUGGAAUCAUUCUGAACCGUUCGCUGCAUAGGAAGAUCAAGCAUAUGAAAUCAUCAAACCCUGACCUUGCAACUGUCUUUGCAGACUGUUCUGUUCAUUUUGGGGGACCGCUUGAGGCUAACAUGUUCCUAGUGAGGACAGAUGACAGCUUACGCGUGCCAGGUUUCGAGGAGGUGGUCUCAGGCGUUCGAUUUGGUGCCAGGAACAAAUUAGAUGAAGCUGCAGCACUAGUCAAGAAGGGAGUGCUUCGGCCUGAGGAUUUCAGAUUCUUUGUUGGGUAUGCUGGCUGGCAGUUUGAUCAGUUGCUAGAUGAAAUCGAGUCCGAUUACUGGGUAGUUGCUGCUUGCAGCUCACAUCUUAUCGAUGGGGUAACUUUGGAUUCUUCGUCAGAUUUGUGGGAGGAGAUUUUGCAGCUCAUGGGAGGGCAAUAUUCUGAUUUAAGCAGGAAGCCAAAACAAGAUGACUAUUAAUUAUUAUCGAUGGUGCAUAGAGAGAGGUUAGUAACGAACUAUUUGUACAGGAUUUGCUUAUAACUUACUAUUGUCAUUGUCUUUCACUGAAGUAAAAACAUGUACAUAGUGCCUUGUUUUACUCUAGAAUCAAAUGAUUCUAACCUUCCCGUUUGCACGUAUAAAGUUUCUGAUGCAACUUACUAUUUUGGUUA